GGCCUUGUCCGAGCUGAGGAGCGCCUACCCCAGGCUUAAUAAAGGAGGAAGAAGAGGAGGAGGGAGGGAGGAAGCUGUCACCUGUCAGAGGGGGCUCAAAACUGUGCUGUCAUGGAUAAAUAUCGACCAAAGAGGCCGACCACCCUGGCUCUGUUCCCUCAGCUGCCACAAGCCGGCACCCAGGACUCCAUCAACAACAACUCUUUGGGGAAGAAGGACAGCUGGAAGGACUCCCACUCCUCCUCACCACACAUUACAGGAGACCUCACACCACCUGAUAUCCAACCAAAACCCGAGGACAAAGUCCGACGCAGCACGCGGCGCCCUGCCCCAAAACCACCCACUGCCAAUGGAGCUAAUGGAAAAAGCAACACUCAGGCUGCUGCUGCCGCUGCAGACACACGUGCUCGACCACAGGAAAAACAAGGGUCUGGAGGCACGCACAGUAAUCCCACCAGCACACAAAGGAGUCAGAGGAAAGCAGCUGGAGGAGGAGUAGGUAAAGCAGGAGGAAGAGGAGCCACAACAAUGAAAGAGAGAAUCCUGGGAGACCUCAGAGGGAAGGACGGAGUGACUGCAGGGAAGGAAGAGAAAAAAGGAGGGAGACUGUGUGAGGAGUCCAGGGCGAAAGAGAAGGAGAAGAAUGGACAUCAAAGGCCAAAAGAGACAAAUGGACUGAAAACCAAAGGGGUCAGUGGGAAAGGAAAAUUAGCCACUAAAGGGGCUAACAGAGGAGGAGGAAUCAAGCUGAAUAACAUGCUGUGUAACCAGGAGGUUUAUCUGCCAGCCAUGGUGGUCCCACGGACGCCUGUAGCACCAAGAAAGCAGGAUAAGACCCAAGACCAAGGCCAAAACCAUGACAGAACCCAGGACAACCCUCCGGCCCUCUCCCGAUCCAGCAGCGAGGGAGGCUCAAAUAGAAUGUCCCUCAGCUCAGACACAGAGGGCCCCCCACCAGGACCCCUGAAUCCGUCUCUAUCCAACCGCACCAACCCUGACAUCAGUGAGGAGGAGGGUGAAGGAGAUCCCACCCCUUGCAUGAACAUCCAGAAUGGUCCAACCCGCCUCUUUGACGGCAACAAAAACACAGAGAUGGACUGUAAACAGUCAGAGGUCUUUACAGGAAGAGGGAGAAGUGAGAAUAACUCUGAGGUGAAUCGCACCAAACUCACUCAGGGAGAGUGUGCGGCUGCUCAGACUGUACCAAAGAGUGAAGCUUCAGCAGGGUUAAACUAUGACUCUGUUAAAUACACUCUGGUGGUCGAUGAACAUGCUCAAUUGGAGCUGAUCAGCAUCAAGGACUGCUUCCAUGGUUUAAACGAGCACAACGAUGACAGCGAUGCAGAGACGGUUUAUCAGUCAGCCAACGAGGAGGAAGACCCAGAGUACAAGGAAGAGAGGAAGAGGAGAGAGAAAGAAAAGCAGGAAGACAGGAGGAAAGAGGAUGAAAAGAGGAGACAUGAGGAGGAGGAAAACCUGAGAAGGAGGGAAGAAGAUGUGAGGAGGAGGAGGGAAGAGGAGGUAAAGAGACGGAGGGAAGUUGUGGCUAGAAUCUGCAAGCAGUCCAAAGUAAUCUCGACCAUCACCUCAGAGGAAGAAGAGUCUAACGGAGGAAAAGAAGCUUCUAGGAGCAAGAAGUUCCUCAACUUAUUCACCAAUAAAGGCAGCAAUUACAGUGCCACAGGUGCAGCAUCAUUUGGCAUGUUUUCCUGUGUUUUGGAUGGAGUGGAGAGAGAGCAAAGCCACAGAGCUGCCUACAGGUUUGUCCCUAGGCAUGCAGAUGAGCUUCACCUGGAAACAGAUGACCCUGUACUGGUGCUGAACCAGUGUGAAGACCUGUGGUGUCAGGGUUACAACAUGAGGACUGGAGCUACUGGAAUAUUCCCUGCCUUCUACGCUGUCAAGGUGGCCAAAGACAGUGAACAAGUCGUCCAGAGAGAUGGUUGGAUGGAGCAGUUCGUGGUGCGGUUCUUGGGUUCAGUUCAGGUCCCCAUCCACACAGGGAAUGAUGUGCUGUGUGCUGCAAUGCACAAGGUGGCGUGUAACAGGCGGUCGGCAGGUCAGCCUCCCCCAAACUGUGUGCUGGAUGUCAGUGUGAAGGGCAUAAAGAUCACAGUCCAGGACCAGUGUCACUCUGCACACAGGGGGGAACAGUGUUCCCAUUUCUUUCAGUUGAAGAACAUCUCCUUCUGUGGCUGUCACCCAAAACACAGCAAGUACUUUGGCUUCAUCACCAAGCAUCCAGACCAACAGCGCUUUGCUUGUCAUGUGAUGAUGUCAGACACGUCAUUGUAUCCUCUGGCUGUGUCUGUAGGGAAGGCCUUCCAGCAGUAUUACAAGGAAAACAUUGGUUAUUCCUGCCCCACUGAAGACAUCUUCAUUGAAUAACACCUGUCCUCCUCUCACUCUAUGUACUGAAUACUCACUAUGUGCAUGUAAGCCCGGUCUUACACCACAAACUGGAUCACAGAUAUAUCUUCGUGCAUGGUGGAUUUGUUUUCUUAGCGGCAUCCAGUGAUACAGCAAGCUUUCCCUUCCUUUGGCCAUGUCACAAUAUAAAUACCUCUUUGGAUGGAUAGGACCAGAUAAAGAUGUUCUUGACAAUGACAGCAAAUGUAACAUAGACCUACCCAAACACAAAUGCAAAUACUUGAUAUAUUUUAUGAGCUAAAAUGACUCAUAUGUGAUUAACAAGCAACAUCUGAUGUAAAAUAGUAGGGAUAGCCUUCAGGAGGAUGGAGGUAAUUUACUGACAGAAUGUUUGUGGCAUCACGUGUGAGCUUGAGACUAGUUAGGAAAAAUUCAUCAUGAAAAAUGAGUUUUUUACCAGCAAGAAAUGUUAAAAUGCAUAGCAAUCAAAGCCACUAGGAUUUCUCCGUAGAGCUAAUUCAAAUGUCAACAAAAUUCAUGACAGAUGAUCAAUAUUUUAUAAGAAAUUUAAAGUCUGGACUUGGUUUAUGUUUUACCAUGUCCAUCUAUGACUAGCUAUUUAGUAAGCUGAAGACCUAAAGCUGAGAACAAUUCAAACCUGAUACCAGUACCCUCAUUUAUGGUCAUUUCCAGAGCGCAAACUGAAUUUCUAUGCGUAGAUCUAACAUUGAUGUAGAUCAAACACAAAAAAAGUAAAUGUUCAGCACUUUUUGAAAGUAAAUGGUACGUGAGCUGGCUGAAUGUUAGAAAUGUGUUCAUACCAAAAGUGAAACAACUUUACAGCCUCACAAAGUUCUUGAUUGUAUCCUCUUCUUAAAGUUCUAGUCCUGGAUCACCUUUAUUUAUUCUUCUGGCUACUUUGGGUUACCGACAGUAUUGUGCAGAAUUUUAAGGCAUGUUCAGGCCAAAAGUUGAGGCCAAAGUAAGGUGUAGAUGUGAGUAUAUCGGCAUCAGGCAGGAAGAAGGAUUGACACGACUGUGGUCAUGCUCUGGAUGUCCUUGCAUACUACCAGGGGCAUAGGAAAGUAAUGUUAGAAAAAUAACACAGUCCACAUCUUUAAGGCUCGUUUAUGCUCUAUUUGUAUAUGAAAAUAGAUGUUUUUAAUUUUUUUUAACUGUCAUUGUCCCCAUACUGACAUGCAUCUGUUUUAUUAGAGUGGACAUUGAAAAACAAAUCCAAUAGAGGUUGCUGUCUCUUACAGAGCUUCUUUAAUGCUGCUCUGUCUGCCCAUAGAAAUGACGGUCUGUCCUCUGCUCAGCUCUGCUCUUAUAGUUAUCUGCCUUUGUGCCUGGGGGAGCUUACAUCAUUGAUAGGUUUACUUUCUUACAACUUACUCAUUCUGGGAUAUUUUCGCUGAGAACUUGAUUAAGUUCUGCCUUAUUUCAAAUGAUUCUUCUUUGUUUUAUGUUGCUGCUCUGAGUUGAACAGUUGGCCACAAUGCUAAAUACUGCCCCCAUGAUCAACAAUGAUAUUGCAACGCUUCAGCCAUACCCGUAAGCUUUGAGAUAAUGGUUAAAAAACCACAAAAUAGAUGCAGUGUACGGACAGAAAGGUCCAUCUGUAUCCAUGAGCAUUUCAAAUGUAGAGCAUAAAUGAACUUUUAGAAGUAAGGGGUGGGUGUGGCGAGUAGAAUGGCUUAGGGUACUGUCGGGGCGAGUAGUAGGGUUGCCACAGGUCCCUGGUUGUGCUGUGGAUCUUCCAAGGGUCCAGAAACCACCGGCGGUCUCCAAGCUUAUUACCAGAGUGUAAAAGCGACACUGUUGAGCUUGACUCUGGCCACCAGAUCAGGCUUCCUGAUGAAUCCUCAGUGCCCUACAUGCCUAAAACGUAUGCACUUGACUAUAUAUUGAUACCUGUUUGUAAGCUGGGCUCAUCUGUUACCUUAAAAAGACACCAAAUUACAUUUUGUCCAGCCCUGCUCUUACAGAGAAGUGGCACACAUAGUUGGCAUUACAAUACUAACAUCAACAAUACGUAAUUCUCAUGUUGGCUUUAUAACAUAAGCAUUUUUUGCUACUGAGUACAGUUAAAGCUACUUAAGAUUACCAUUACAUCUUCAAGUAUAUGUUAGCAUUCUUGUGACUGUCAGUGGGUUGUACUGCCAGUAGGGUUGUCCAUAGUGUGGAAUCCAAAAAUAAAAAAUACUUGGAUUACAAGGGUAAGGGUUAGGGUUAGGGGUUUGGGAUUAAGACAACGAUAACGAUAUCCACAUUUAACUGUGGAUGUUGUUCUUGCAGACUACCCAAGUAUGACUUUUGACCAUGUUAGGGGUACAAAUGAACUUGGCCCGGGUAAAACUUUGCCAAGCCAGAAGAAGCCUGGCAGUGGUUUCUAUGAGGGGGUGCUCUGAUUGGUGGGUUAGCAGGCCGAUCAGAGAGCCUACAAAGGAUCUUUCCAUCUGAAAAAUUCUUCAUUACAGCACACAUGUGCUACAGUAACUUCUUGUGCAUUUCAGUGUGCUCUGCAAGAGGAAAGCAAACAAUUGUGACAUGUUUUUGAGGUUAUAUCAUGUGUUCUUUUGUAGCAUCGGGGCAUCAACACAGUUAAAGAGGCUUUUACAACAGUUUUACACAACUUCCUCACUAAAGUGCAUUUUUUCAACUCACAUGAUCAUACAAAUAAUGUGUGUAUUUGUGUGAUUUGUGGAAAUGCAUUGACGUAGAUAUCUGUAUGAUUCCAGACAAAAAAAGCUUCACUUUUGGUUUGAACACAGCUUUUGAUUGCUGUGUUGAGCUGUUUUGUGUGGUUAACUCAGAACAACAGAAGGUUUCUGGAUUCACUGAACUAGAAAUAAGAUAGGAUACAGAACAAAUAGAAGCCUGCAUUUUAACAAAAUGAGGUAAAUGUUCUGUCUUUAAAUUAGCUUCAUCCUUAACCUAGUAAAAAAGGGCUUUUAACAUUGAAAAUAAUCCCCCUUCAGUACAAAAGGCAAUGCUGUAGAAGAUACACAAUGAACAAAUGAAUCUGUUCAUUUCUUUGCACAGAUGAGGACAGAAAGAUGUUUUUAAAAAAAAUGUUAGAGUAUAUAUCUGUAUCUUAAAACCCAGAGACUUGACAAUCUACUGUUGAAGGCGCUGGAGUUGCUGUGAAGGUGCCUCAUUUCUCUUUUUGCUGCUUAAUGUUCCUUUUCUUCCAUUAUGUGGUCUCAUGCAGGGUUUCUCUGGUUGAGCUAAGACAUGAUUCCUUUAACUCUGUGUAAUAACCAGGCCCAAAUGACGCUGUGCAAUUUAGUAUGUGUGCAAAACAACAGACUGGGAGGAUGGUGGAUCACUGUGCUGUCAUGUCUGAGUCUGUCCUCAGCACUUUUUUAGCUUACAUUUCCUUUGCAUCACCUGCUUAAAUCUCAGAACAAAGUCAGGGUCAAAUGAAGAAAGACGGAUUUAUUUGUGUUAAAUGCAUCUGAAAUAAAGAUGAAACUUGGCUAUUGAAGACUAAACCUAAACUAA